CAACCACAGAACCACAAGUGCGGUGCAAGAUUUUUCCCCAGGACGACAGGAGGGAGCCACUGGGGCCUAAAGGGUUAAUGAGCGUGGGUCAAGCCCAGUCACACAGCCCCAGCAACCCAUUUAGGACUUCAAAGGUCAUAACGACCUCAAAGGGAGAAAUAUCCAGGGAGGAUAACCACGCGUGGCUAUGGCAUCCAACAGCCUAUUCAGUUCGGUGACUCCAUGUCAGCAGAACUUCUUCUGGGAUCCCAGCACUAGUCGGAGGUUCAGCCCGCCGUCCAACAGUCUUCAAACAGUCCCCGGGAAAAUGAACGAUGUGAACACAGCCACGACUCAGCAAGACGGGACCUCAGCUGUGCCGAGACUUCGGCCCCACGACAAUCGGACGAUGGUAGAGAUCAUCGCGGAUCACCCAGCAGAACUUGUGCGGACAGAUAGUCCAAACUUCCUUUGCUCCGUAUUGCCAUCGCACUGGAGGUGUAAUAAAACUUUGCCCGUUGCUUUUAAGGUCGUAGCACUAGGGGAUGUGCCCGAUGGGACAGUUGUGACCGUUAUGGCAGGGAAUGACGAGAACUAUUCGGCAGAGCUCCGCAACGCUUCAGCUGUCAUGAAGAAUCAAGUGGCUCGAUUUAAUGACCUGAGAUUCGUGGGCAGGAGUGGUCGAGGCAAGAGCUUCACGCUGACAAUCACGGUAUUCACGAACCCACCCCAAGUGGCCACUUACCACCGCGCCAUAAAGGUCACCGUGGACGGCCCGCGGGAGCCAAGGCGACACAGACAGAAGCUGGAGGACCCACCGAAGGCCGGCUUGUUCUCGGAGCGCCUGAGCGAGUUAGAGCGCCUCCGACAGUCCACCACUAUGAGGGUCGCCGUGCCAACGCAGAGUCCACGGCCGUCGCUCAACCCCGUGGCCAACUCCUUCAACCCACAGGGCCAGAAUCAGAUGUCAGACCCCAGGCAGUCGCAGUCGUCUCCACCCUGGUCCUACGAGCAGCCGUAUACUCCGUACCUGAGCCAAAUGACCUCGCCCUCCAUCCACUCCACCACGCCCCUGCCCUCCACCCGAGCCACCGGCCUGCCCGCCAUCAGCGAUGUGCCAAGACGGCUCUCAGGUACCUCUGAUCUGAGCCCAUUCUCUGCUGACCCCCGCCAGUUUGAGCGUCAGUUCCCUGGCCUCUCCUCGCUGAGCGAGAGCCGCUUCUCCAGCCCCAGGAUGCACUACCCGGCCACGUUCACCUACACGCCCACCCCGGUCACCUCGGGCAUGUCCCUGGGCAUGUCCACCACCACCCACUACCACACCUACCUGCCUCCGCCCUACCCAGGCUCCACGCAGAACCAGAGCGGCCCGUUCCAGACCAGCAGCACUCCCUACCUGUACUACGGCGCCUCCUCCGGUUCCUACCAGUUCUCCAUGGUUCCGGGAGGGAACCGCUCUCCGUCCAGGAUGCUGCCGCCGUGCACGAGCGCGUCCACAGGAAGCUCGCUCAUCAACCCCAACCUCCCCAACCAGACGGACGGAGGCGAGGCGGACGGCAGCCACAGCAGCUCCCCCACGGUGCUCAACUCCAGCGGCCGGAUGGACGAGUCCGUGUGGCGGCCAUAUUGAGAGACACCAAAUGUUCUAGAACGCAACGGGAAAAAAAAAAACAAACAAAACAAAAAAAAACUACACCUGUUCACUGAGCACUGUUUGCCUCGAAGUACAACAAGAGCGUUUUUUGGGGGGGCUUUAAAGUGGCUUCAACAAGUUGUUCAGAAUAUCCCUGAAGUACAAUCGUUUGUGUCAAAACUUCAGUUUUAAAUACUUCUUCUUGGCAGAAACAUCAGUGUGUUAUUUACUAUUACACUGUUGUCAUAUAUUUCUAAAUCCUGUUUUCAACAAAUAUCUAUCCACAAAGGUACCAGCUUUUGAUGCGUCCCUGAGGCGAGAAAGGCCCUUAAAGGGAACCAGUCAAGGCAUUACAGUCUAGAGAUAAACCUGACAUUCCACUGCAGAACCAGUGAUAGCUGCACAGUCAGUCACUGAAUUACUGAACUGGCGUAAAUAAUGUUUAUUACGUGAAUAUAAUUUUUUAUUUGACUAUUGGCUGAGUAUAUUUUUGGUACUAACUAAAUUUAUUUUGCAUUUUUUUUUCACACUGAAUGCCUGUUUCUUUGAUAUUUAUGCAAGUGAGAGAGGAGAAGUCAUGCUCUCCUGUACCGGCAUUAAAUAACUCUGCUCAUUCUCACGAAUUGUUUUAAUUUAAAAGUAAAAUUGUAGCAGGAAUGGUACUGUUUGAAAAGCAAUAUAAUAAUAAGCCAUAGCGAUCUUUAAAUUAUGCAAUGUUUUGGAAUGAAACUGGGUUUUUGUGGACACUUAAUAAAUGUUAUUAUAUGGAACCUCUCAUAAUAACUUAAUUACCUAUUCUCUUUUGUAAUUUAAAAAAAGCAGUUUUAUUGUAAAAUAACCAAAUAUGCUGAGGUACAUAAGCAAUGAAGGUCAGAGAUUUAGAUGUCAGACUGUUUGCAAGUGAAAUACUUUAUUUAUGAUGUUUGUUUGAAACUCAAAGUCUGAUCAUCUAAUCUUUAAUAAGAUAAUGAUAAUGAAUGAUCAUUAGAUAAUGAUCUUAAUCCUUACCUGAUAUAUAUGUUCAAAAUAACCUUGAGACUACACUGAGUGAUGCAUAUCAUGUCAAUGAAACAACGACCAACUUAACCAAGGAAUGGCUCUUCCAUGAUGAUGAAAUUAAUAUAUGCAGUUUUGUGAAUGGAGAAGACCUAGUCUGCCCUCCGCUCUCUGUCCAAGUUUGUUAUUGUAUGUGUCUGUCAAUUUAAUUUAUUCUGAAUCUCUUUUUCAUGUCCCUGAGUGACUAUAAACUUGACCAAAAAAUGCUUAUUCUGCUGUUGCCUCAGCCUUCCCCCUGUGUGUGUGUAUGUGUGUGUGUAGAAUUGACAAUUGGUUUGUAGGUAGGCUACUGUACAGAGGUGAAAAAGUCCAGCUUCAGAAAGCAAAAAGUCCGACCAUGUAUUGGUUCUACCUGUGCACUUACAGUAACACAGGUGAUCUCACUAAUUAGCUGCUCUACCUCGCUGAAGAGUUGUGCUAAUUAGAAUCAGCUGGUUUAUAUGAAUGGUUGGCACAGAUAUGUGGUAGGACUUUUACUUGCUGAAGUUGGACUAUUCCACGUCUGCUACUGUAUAAUCACCACUGCUACAGUGCAUUGCUGUAGGAUACUGAGCAGGCCGGUGCGUGGUGAUUGGAGUGGUAGAUUGCUCCCUCCAGCACUUCAGGCUGCACCAGCAUUGAUUGCCCCUCACGCGCCCACUCCUCCUCUCAUACCCUGGGCUGCCCUUAAACUGGAAGACCACAGACUUAAGCCCCAUUCACACCAAAGAUUCCCGACGCGACGAGACUGAGUUGCAGCGGUGUGAAUUAGAAGUUGCACGUAGUGGCAAGCCGUCGCAGAGCAUUAAACAUGUUGAGUCGCAAGGUUUUAGAACGUCGCGGCUCGUCUGGUCUGGUCUGGUCUGGUCUGGUCUCGUUGGGAAUCUUUGGUCUGAACCCUACUUUACAGUUUAAAUACUAGACUAGACUCUCACUUUCAGGUCAUUGUGCAGUGUAUGCUGUGUCUGGUCAUUACUGUAGUAGAGCUUUUUUUUUCUCUUUCUUUCAUGCCCUUUGUUUGUGUUCUUGUUUAUGAUUUGGUCAGAUGACUGAUGGAGUUGUUUGUGAGUUUAAUCAAGGACAAAACAAUUCAGUUUUAUUAGAGUGAAUCAGCACUUAGACAUUCUGUAGGAGACAGCGGAGUGUCGGAAUCUCAAUUCAUUACCUGGAGUUGCUUAUGAACACUAUUGAACGCAGGCCCAUCAACAUUUCCCACAGUCUGCAGGACAGUAUUGAUGUGCAAGAAUUUCAGUGUUCAAGUUCAGGCACGUAAACAAUCUUCCUAAUGAUAACGAUAUGUGAUACUACCAGCACUAACCAAAGAUGAUCCUGCUUUGGACAAAACGGCUUCAUUUUACUCUCACCAGCACAGUCCAUUUGAACUCUUUUGGACUCUGGGCUGUGAAGAGUCUAGAGGUGAAUUCUGUUUAUAUAACAAACAUUUUAAAAAGUUGAGUGGUACUUUCUGAAAUGUUUACUGAAAUGCUAUGUAAAAGGCUGCAGGCAGCAUGCUGAGAAAACCCUUGUGAGUUUUAUUUCUUUGUUUUGCGUGGACAAAAACACUUCAACUUGUUCUUUCUAUGUUUGUUUGUUUGUUGUCUUUACUUUUGCUCGACUGGCUUCUGUCUGUUCAUUUUAAAGUUGAAUGAAGCAUAAAGAUCCAUUGGAUGAAAGGGAAGCCCCCUCUGGCAAGGUUUUUUUUAAAGGUUAGGGCAUACGAUAAUCAUGAUAACACUAGAUGGCAGCACUAUGGGGGAAUGUACACCCUCCUCCUGUCCUGAUUUCACACACUCAGCUGUUCUAUCAGGAGCCAUCAUGACAUAUGACAGAUGACAUAUUGGAAUGAUAUGGCUUUAAACUGAAAAGAAACCAAAGGAAAAUUGUAGAUUGUUUUUUUUCCCUACAGUCUGUACAUCUGCAAUCAUGGUUUCAAGACAGUAUUAAAUAGCUGUGUUUGUGUGUGUGAGAUUAUGUCUGUGUCGCUUAUUGUAAUGAUAAGUUCUCUACGACUCUCCCGGGCUUUGAAGCUCCAUUACAUUUCAUAUGUUUGAUACAGUAACAUGAUAUCCUUCGGCUGUGAGAAGAGAAAAUCUGUUUACAAAAUGUUUACAAAGCUGCAAGCAAUCUUAGCAAGCCCAUGCACUGUCUAACUUUUUUAAUAUGGGGGAGGGGGAUUUUUAAACAAAAAAAGUACAAUGAGGAAAGACUUUUAAAGUGAAUUGCCCAGUGACAAUCAUUGUGAUUGAUUGGAUAGGAAACAUGUAAACACAGUUACAGAAAACAGAGCAGUCAUUGACAUUAGAUGACACACGUGACGUUUGGACCUCAAAUUGCCAAUACAAAAAAAAUGUUGAGCAGGAUACAGGAUAUGUUGAAGAUCUUUUCUCUUUAUCAUGUUAUCAUAGAUAUGUCUCUGAGUGUAGUAUUGUUAUAUUAACUCCCCUACGAAUAGGAGUAGUCCUCUUGAUGUUUCAAUAUGACUGUGCCCAGUGGGGUUCCUUAUGCAUCACCCUUACUCAACAAGCAUUGCUUUCCAUGCACAUACUGUACAGUUUUUGUUUUGUCUGUCAUUUGUCAGUUAUUUACUUCUUCUCUUCUCAAACAUCAUUGUGAAAAAAAGGCUCCCCCCCCCCUUUCCCCAGCGUUAUGAGGGUCUAACAGUCCUAAAGAAAUUGAUUGUCCAGCAUUUCUAAUGAUUGUAUCAUCUGGUCUUUUUAGA